CUCUCUCUCUAAGAAUCACCUUGGAAAUCUCUCUCUCAUCAGCUCUCUGUCGAUCCCGAAGAAUAGAGAAUUGGAGGAAGAAUGGCGAUAACAGUGCCCAGCAUAUUGAAAGAGAGGAAAUACCCAUUCAUACUGGCAUUCUUCCUUCUACUAAUCUUCGUCACUCUCAUCCUCAUCUCCACCUCACAACAGUCCCCAUUAAUUCCCAUCACCACCACCAAUCUCCCCUUUUCCACCACAUAUCCACCUCCCCCAACUACUGUCAUUUCGUCGAACACUUCCUCUGCACCGAUCACCAAUAAUACCAAUGCCUCAAACAAUACCGACGAUUACGAUGAUAAUAAUCAGGUGGUGGAUGUGGAUUGGGAGCUGUGUACGGGUCCUGGUGUUGUUGAUUACAUACCAUGUUUGGAUAAUUGGAAAGUGAUCAAAUCAUUGCCCUCUCGAAAGCGGAUGGAACACAGGGAGAGGCAUUGCCCUGAACCAACUCCAAGGUGUUUGGUUCCUCUGCCUCAAGGUUAUCAGCUUCCAGUUCCGUGGCCUAAGAGCCGGGAUAUGGUAUGGUACAGUAACGUCCCUCAUCCUAAGCUUGUCGAGUAUAAGAAGGACCAGCGUUGGGUUGUGAAAUCAGAUGAUUAUUUUAUUUUUCCUGGUGGAGGCACACAAUUCAAGAAUGGAGUCAAUUUUUACAUCGAGUCUAUUGAAAAGACAUUACCAGUGAUUGAAUGGGGGAAGAAAACGAGGGUCAUUUUAGACGUUGGGUGUGGAGUUGCUAGCUUUGGUGGUGCUUUGCUGGACAGAAAUGUAAUUACGAUGUCUUUUGCCCCAAAGGAUGAACACGAAGCUCAAAUUCAGUUUGCUCUUGAAAGGGGAAUUCCAGCUACACUCUCAGUCAUCGGUACACAAAGGCUCACUUUUCCCGAUAACUCUUUUGAUAUGAUUCACUGUGCUAGGUGCCGCGUUCACUGGGAUGGAGAUGGUGGAAAGCCUUUGAUGGAACUGAACAGAAUUCUUAGGCCUGGAGGAUAUUUUAUAUGGUCAGCCACACCAGUUUAUAAAGACGAUGAAAAACAUCAGAACGUCUGGAAAUCUAUGGUAGCUCUAUCAGAAUCAAUUUGCUGGAGCAUAGUGGCAAAGACUUACGCUAGCGAUAUGCAUAUUGGGCUAGUUGUUUUCCAAAAGCCCAUCUCAUCUUCCUGUUAUCAGAAUCGAAAAGAGAAUAGUCCACCUCUUUGUGAUCUGUCGAGUAGGCCCAAUAAUCAUUCAUGGUAUGUGCCUCUGGAUAGUUGUCUUGUGCCAAUUGUAGGUGACUCGAACAAAUGGCCAUCACUCUGGCCGGAAAGGCUAAGCGAUAAACCACAAAGCCUCUCUUCCGAGCCAGAUGCCGAAGAAACCUUCAAAGGGGACACCACACACUGGUCUGCACUAGUCUCUGAGGUUUAUAUUGGUGGUCUUGAUAUUAAUUGGUCUAGUGUUCGGAACGUUAUCGAUAUGAAUGCAGGUUAUGGAGGGUUUGGUGCUGCACUGAUUAAUCUACCACUGUGGGUGAUGAAUGUCGUUCCCGUUCACGAACCAGAUACUCUAUCAGUCAUUUUCGAUAGAGGGCUGAUUGGAACUUACCAUGACUGGUGUGAAUCUUUUAAUACAUAUCCUCGAACAUUUGAUCUUCUGCAUUCCAGUUUCCUCUUAGGAAACUUGACCAAGAGAUGCGAUAUAAUUGAAGUAGCUGCAGAGAUGGAUCGGAUAGCGAGACCAGGUGGAUAUCUGCUAGUUCAAGACAGCAUGGAAAUAAUUGCAAAGAUGAAGCCCAUUUUGAAAUCCCUUCACUGGUCCGUAAAUGUACAUCAAGAUCAGUUUCUUGUUGGUAAGAAAGGAUUUUGGCGGCCAGAUAAGUAAACCCGAGCGUCAGAGAAUCCGAUGAUCCCUUAUAUUAUUUUACGAUGUAUAAUCUUUGCCUUCUUCAAUCUUCACGGAAAAUGUUCGUCAUCUUUCAUUGUUUGCAAAUAAUAUAGGUAUUUUUGUGAACUGUUGCGUUUUGGGUUUCUCAGGUAUAUGUAUUCUUUUACAUGAACACAAUUUGAAUCAAACGAGAAUCAUUUUGAUCAUUUUUUAAUUAA